CUGAGUUUCAUGUUGCAAAUGACUUCAGAGAUUUAUUUUAAAACGCCUUGAUAAAAACAUUAUAUAUUACUGGUUACAACAAUUCAUUCUUAAGUAAAUUUAUAUAAAUCUAACGGUUUAAAGCGGUAUCGAUGGCGUGUUUUUUUCCCGGAGCGUGUUCUACAGUGAACCAAAGUUGUAUGAGUUGAAUCCUAGUUGUGGUCAGGGAGAGGCAAGGGGAAGGCCUUGGAACCUUGGAGUGGAUUUGCAGCCAUGGCCGGGAAUUUUGAUGCGGAGGACCGUGAUAGCUGGUACUGGGGAAGGUUGAGUCGACAGGAGGCGGUUUCCCUCUUGGAGGGUCAGCGACAUGGCGUGUUCCUGGUCAGGGACUCUAUUACCAGUCCCGGGGACUACGUGCUAUCCGUCUCAGAGAACUCAAAAGUAUCACAUUAUAUAAUCAACAGCAUCAGCAACAACCGGCAAUCUGGAUCAGGUAAGAUUAGAUAGCUAGCGUGUUAGUAACGAGGCAGCUAGGAAGCCAGCUAGUUAACGUGGGAAAACGCCACUGACCCAGUGCUAGCGGCCAGCUAGCUAGCAGUACCUAGCUACGUUUAAGAUAACUUAGUUGGCCGGAAACUAGCUACACCAAAGAUACUCUGGUUACACCAGACAUAAGUCAUGUUAGAUGGCUUGCUAAACAAAAGAGAGUUUACGUUUGAAAACUUUAUUACACUAUGAACACUUAACAAGAAUGAUAGCUAGCUACUGAUGCUUGCUAAGGUCGGCCUGAAGCUAACGUUAUUCUUAUGUUGGAACGGAAGGCAAAUUAAAGCUAUGCACAGAGACAAGCAACCUAGUUGUGUUACUUGACAGUCAUGAUGUAGAUUGUGUCAAUUAACUUAUGGUGGUGGUCUUGGCACGCUAAUGAGUUCAAAUUUGACCAGUCACGAAGAUUUGCAAAUACAGUAUUUAGUUAGGGAUUUGGUAGUGUGCUUAGUUAGCUACACACAUAACUGGCUGUGGUUUUUGUAACUGUGUAGUAAUGGUGGGUUUUCAAAGGUCUUUGUUUAGUUUUGUCAGCUGGAGGCUUUAGGUACUUUGUCUUUAAUAUACAUUUUACAUUUUAGUAAUUUAGCAGACGCUCUUAUCCAGAGCGAUUUACAGUUAGUGAGUGCAUAAAUUGUUUCAUACUGAGAGCCAGGUAGACGGUGAGUGAGCGGGUUGGAUUGGGCUGAUCCUGUGAAUGAAUGGACAUGCUGUCACAAUUGGAGGAUGACUGUUCCGAAUGGUGUGUGUGGAAUGCCUGUGGUCCUGCCCUGUUUUACUUACGCGCGCGCACACACAUAGGCUCAGUUAUUUUUAUUGGUUUAGGCUACUUCCUUUUGGGAAUUUCACCAUACAUGUCCUACCUUGCAGGCUCUGCAAUUGUGUGACCAUUAGCUAAGCUGUCGAAUUGAAUCGAAUGAGUAUAUCUUCUGGAACAUAUUGUUUUUCUUAAUAAACUUCCAAAGUUGUGACAGAGCGUAUACAUGCUGUAUGUGAAGCCAUGGGAGGCUUAAACACUAUUUCAGCUAAGUCCUUGGCUUAAGCCUAAUUGUUUUGUUAGGUCUUGAUUGUCAGAAUAAUGUGUAGCUGUGAGGCACUUUCAGUUUCAGUAGCUUCAGGGUUCCAGGAGAGUAAAAUAAAAUAAAAAAGAGUUCCAUCCUCUCGCCGUCCAGGUCUGCCCCCCCCGCGGUUCCGCAUCGGGGACCAGGAGUUUGACGCCCUGCCCAUCCUUCUGGAGUUCUACAAGAUCCACUACCUGGACACCACCACGCUGAUCGAGCCCAUCAGCAAGGCCAAGCACACUGGCUUCGUGAGCUGUGCCGCCACCGCCCCCCCCACUGCGUCGGGCAGCGCCCCGCAGGAGGCAGAGUUUGUUCGCGCCCUCUUUGACUUCCCCGGCAAUGACGAGGAGGACCUGCCCUUCCGCAAGGGUGACGUGCUGCGUGUGCUGGUGAAGCCAGAGGAGCAGUGGUGGAAUGCGGCUAACCAGGAGGGCCGCGCCGGCAUGAUCCCCGUGCCCUAUGUGGAGAAGUACCGGCCUGCCUCGCCCACCUCCUCGGUGACGGGGGGACCCGGCGGUGCGGGAGGACCGGCCAGUGUUGUGGGCAGCACUACGGACGGAGCAGUGCCCCAGCUGCCCCCGCCUCUGGGAGAGCCGGGCCAGUAUGCCCAGCCCAUGGUCAACACGCCCCUGCCCAACCUGCAGAACGGGCCUGUCUACGCUCACACCAUUCAGAAAAGGGUGCCCAACGCCUAUGACAAGACAGCCCUCGCCUUGGAGGUAUUGGUUCACCCCCUUUCUUCGCCUUCCUCUGUUAACCUGCCCCCCCCCCCACGCUCUCUCCCUCUUUUCUGUUUCAUGUAAUGUGCCCUAUAUGUUCUCUCUGCUCGGAGAGCCAGGGUGCUGCUGUAAUUGCUUACUCUUGCCUGUAAGUAUACAUAUGACCAUCCAUACACAUGUGCAGACACACUUGCAUGCUUACACACACACACACAAUGACGUGCAUAAUGGGUUCAUGCAUAGAGAAAAUCAAACCGAGAGGAGAGCUAGUACUGGGGCUCUCUGGUUUUCUACACUGUCAGGGCCUGUGUGCAUUUGAAUGUAACAUUUAAAUCAAAUAUAAAAUCGAAUAACAUUUUAUUUGUCACGUGCCGAAUACAACAGGUGUAGACUUAACCGUGAAAUGCUUGCUUACGAGCUCUUCCCAACGAUGCAGAGUAAAAAUUAUUUUUUUAAAUAGUAGGGGCAACACUAUGGACGGAGCAGUGCCCCAGCUGCCUCUAGGGGAACCGGGCCAGUAUGCCCUUGCCCAACCUGCAGAACGGGCCGUGAAAUGCUUGCUUACGAGCCCUUCCCAACAAUGCAGUUAAAAAAUAUAAAUAGUAACACAAGGAAUAAAAUACACAAGAAUAGUCGCUCUCUCCCUCCGCUGCUCUGAGGCGGGCAGGAGUCAGAGAGGUCAAGGUCCUGGUUAUCAAAUACAGAUUAGAGAUGAAGAAGUGCACUCUCUCUCUUUCUAUUUCUCUCUCACCUUCAUCCCUCUCUGAGGUACCAAAUAAUAUGCUUUCCGUGCUCUUCUACUCCCCUUGUAUAGUUAAAUAGAGCAACAAACGGCCAAAAUGAGACAACGGACGCCUAUUAAAUACCUAUUAAAGGUAUAGUUCAGUUCCACAUAAUUAUGUACAGUACCAGUCAAAAGUUUGGACACACCUACUCAUUCAAGGGUUUUUCUUAAUUGUUACUAUUUUCUACAUUGUAGAAUAAUAGUAAAGACAUCAAAACGAUGAAAUAACACAUAUGGAAUCAUGUAGUAACCAAAAAAGUGUUAAACAAAUCAAAAUAUAUUUUAUAUUCUUCAAAGUAGCCACCCUUUGCCUUUGACAGCCUAUUCCCUAUUUAGUGCACUGCUUUUGGUCAAAAGUUGUGCACUAUGUAAGGAAUAGGCCAGGGUGCCAUUUCGGACCAUUUUUGCACUGCAGAAAAUGAAGCAACAUGGAGAUUAUAGUGGGAUGAUAAUAAUAAUAAUAUAGUAAUAAUAAUUUAUUAUUAUUAUUAUUAUUAUUAUUAUUAAUGGGCGUGGAGUGUGUAUCCCAGGGUAAAGGCUUAGUAGGACUGUGCUGCUGUGUAGAUCAGGGCUUAGGGUCAAUUGCCUUACAGGCUGUGAGUCAAUCAGGGUUCCGGUAAUUCCAUACCAAUAUUGUUCAGUCAGUGGACGUACCGGUAGUUCACAUUGAUUUCCAAUUGCAACUGUCCAUGAACUGAGUGUAUUUGAAAUGGAAGCGACCCCGACUCUGGCCUGGGUUAGAGAAACGAAAUAAAGAGUUUGGCUACUGUGCUUGUCAGUAUGGAUGGGCACGUUAGUAUUCGAAUACUUGCGAGAGUAUUCAUUUGAGGGGGGAAAAAUCACAGGCCUAUUUUAACAAUGAAAAGUCUGUCUCAAUUAAAUUAAAUAAUUUGUGACAUUGCUACACACAAAGAUAUACCAUGACAUUUGAAAUUCAGUUUAAUAAAACAAACUUUUAAAUGUAGUUUUUAUGACGUGGGACCCAUAAUAGAAAGACUUACUGUAUAUCCUACACAGGUUUCACCUGUAUAGCUUGUUGUUGGCACUACAGUCAGAGGCUCCAUGUGUAGCAACGUGAAGUGGGAGGUCUCAAAUCAAUGCAAAAUUAAAAUUAUGGAAUUCAAUUAGCUAAAUGAGAAGUAGGUUACAACGAGCAACCAACAGGUAGGCUGUUGUUUAAUCUGAAUGGAGUUGGUUUGGACGGGCAGCGCAGCGCAGCAAAAUAGCCUCAACUGGCCUAGCUAACUAAUAUCUGGCGAUCUUAGCUAGCUUCUUUACAUCGAUUUAAUACAGUAAAGACAGGCACUGUCAGAUGGGAUGAGAGAGAACCUAUGGCAUUUACAAGUUUGUCAACUAGUGCGAGUCAGUUGCUACUUUCUCUUUCUCCCUCCCGUGUCUCACACACCACUGGCCCCUGCCCAUCCCCCCACCCUGCUGCAGCGUGCACUGUCUCUUCCGAGUCGCGCAAGCUGCGCAGCAAACAAGUGUCCAUGUUCAAACAAAGUUACAUAACAACACGUUUUUAGACUAUCCGGAUAUCCACAUUUUUGUUUUAUUUGAAUGGUGAAAUUAUUUCAAAUGCCCAUCCCUACUUGUCAGGUAAGGCUGGGGUUGGGAACUCAAAUGAAAGGAGACUUUGCUUCCACACAUUUUCAAAAUGUCCACCCCCAAAAACCUUGAUGUUGGCGCACCUGGGCGCAUUUCAAAACUAAACAAAACAGAAUUGUGUUGAAUAAUAAGGGCUGUAUUGCCUGGCUAUCCAGACUCCUCGCUCCGGACAAUCGCUACGCCAUGCCCACGGACGUUCGUUUCUUCUCCACAAUGAGUCUUGAUCUGAGUACCUCCCCGACCCUUCACCAAAUGUGAACACAUUCAGGGCCGUCAGAUUGGUCCAGAAACUGAUGGGUUGGGCCAGAGCCAGAACACACGUGGGUAAAGCGGCGGUUAAAAAAUUAGUCAUACGCUUUGAUACUCUGAUUGGUUAGAAACAAUCCAAUUGCUGAUUACUUUGUUUUGUACAACGCCCCUUGUCACCACAAGACUCCAAUGAUUGCAGUAGCCGACUAAAGUAUGUAGUGAAUGACAGAGCAGCGGAAUAAUUUAAUGUGAGUCGUCACGCUAAGGGCUGUUGCCAACUAAUUCAGCUAAAUAAUUAUCAUGUGGUUCAAGUGUGAGUAGAGUUGAUUUGAUGUAUUCAUUCUACUAUUAUAGUUGAUUGAUUAGGCUACUUAAUAAAACUAUUGAUGGAACAUCAUUGAGACCCAUAGGGGCUCCAAAGCCACACGUUGCAGACCCCUGAAGGUCUUGUUUCUAUCCAAUCUAUCUCUAUAGUCUAACCUUUGUGUGUGUGUGUUUGUGCAGGUCGGAGACAUGGUGAAAGUGACCAAGAUCAACGUGAACGGCCAGUGGGAGGGCGAGUGCAAGGGCAAGCGUGGCCACUUUCCCUUUACGCAUGUCCGGCUGCUGGACCACCAACACUCCGAGGACGAGAGCUGA